AUGGGUGAAAUUGAAGUUCCAACCGGCCAGGGUGUGUACAUGACAGGAAAUUUUGAAAUCGAAGAAAAGAUCGGGCAAGAAACAAAAUGGGACAGAGAUGCGCGAACUUACGUGACCAACAUCUCAUGCUCCGGCGCCAAUCGUCUCAAGAAGCUCAUAUAUGAGAUCCGAGCCACUGGGUACAGUUCUUCAGAAUACAUUCUUGAGGAACGCACUGUGUACUUCCUUCGGGGCAGUUUUUUCCCUUCCAACACUCUCUUCACUACCAAAGAUGUGAUUCAUUUUGAAGCCACCCACCGUGCCCCUGUCAUAUCUGCAGACGAUAUGAAAGAGAGCCUGAUGGACACAGUUGGUGUCAGUGGGUGUGGUAUAAUAAUUGGUCUUGAUAUCAUCACGGAGGAAUGCAUGGACUAUCUCGAGGAGAAUCCGAAGAUUACAGAUUUAACCACUACUGUUGUUACUAUUCAACACGGGGAUUAUCACCCUGUUGAUAAGGCCAAAGCCUUCCGCAUGGAGUAUCGCCUUCGUCCUUUUCUUCACUUGGCCGGCAUCCGCAAGAUUCUGAAGACCAGGCGUGAAGUCAAUGUUCAUGGGUUUAUCCAAGAUUUUAAUCCAAACACGGAGUGCUGGAUCGUCGUUGUCAACAAGAUAUCAUUCACUACCGGCUCACAAAAUGCAAACAAUUCAUACAAGGGACGACGUGCACCACCCAAAGCCCCCAAAGGGGCUUUCAGCAAGCCUACUAAGUAUGUGGCACCUGUAGAAGAAAACGAAGACGUUGCCGAAUCAGAAGAUGAAGAAAAACCUGAGCUCAAUGAGACGGGUACAAACAUGUCAAGCGGCUCAAGCUACAACAACAUGAAGCCACCUAAGUACUCGCCAAGCCAACAGGCAAAAUUUACCACCAACCCCUCACUUUCAGCCUACAUUCCCACCAGGGGCCUUCAAUCAGGAUUCAAAUCGCCUUUCCCUGAUCACUACUCUGGAACCAACAGCAGCCUUCCGUUCCCGCCCGCAGACUAUGACCCUUCUUCGUAUUUACCUGCCAGCACCAUGGAUGAUACUUCGCCUCCCAAGAAGAAAGCACGCGCUGCUCCCAAGAAACGAGCAACUCGAGGAAAGAUGCUUGACUUGACUCAAGGGAAAAGUUCCAUAGCUAUUGGUGUUGUGAUACGAUAA